AGCUGGCCCAGUCCCGCGUUCCGGGUCGCGCAUCCAUUGGCUGGAAGCCUCAGGGGCGUGGCUCAGUACCCCGCCCAGCUCCGUGGCCACGCCCACGCCCAGCUCUCUUGUAGUCAGAGCCCAGCAGCUGGACGAGUCGAACGUGUCGCCAGGUCAGCUAUGUCAUCUGAACCUCCCCCGCCGCCACAGCCCCCAACGCAUCAGAGUUCUGUCGGGCUAUUGGAUACUCCUCGGGCCCGGGAUCGUUCUCCAUCCCCGCUUCGGGGCAACGUGGUUCCUAGCCCUCUGCCCACCCGCAGGACAAGGACCUUCUCAGCGACGGUGCGGGCUUCACAGGGCCCUGUCUACAAAGGAGUCUGUAAAUGCUUCUGCCGGUCCAAGGGCCACGGCUUCAUCACCCCAGCUGAUGGUGGCCCUGACAUCUUCCUGCACAUCUCUGAUGUGGAAGGGGAGUAUGUUCCAGUGGAAGGCGACGAGGUCACCUAUAAGAUGUGCUCUAUCCCGCCCAAGAAUGAGAAACUGCAGGCUGUAGAGGUGGUCAUCACUCACCUGGCACCAGGCACCAAGCACGAGACCUGGUCCGGGCAUGUCAUCAGUUCCUAGGGACCUGCAAGAACCCCCCUUCUCCUGGGCUUGAGGGGGACUACGGGGGGAGGAGGAGCAGGACACCCUGGAUAUAACAUUCUACCACACGAGAUGGGGCCUCAAGGUGGGCAUGGCCCUUUUCAAGCAUUUCCUGGAAGAAGGGAGUUGUGGGCAGGCAGGGGGUGCUCUCAGCCACCAGCACAGCCUCUAGCCAUUUGCAAACAAGCUCUCACUGUCUGAAAACAUUAAAAGCAUUUGAAAAGGAGAGGGACCUGCGGUGGCUGAGUGGAGAGGGUGCAGCUCUAGCCCAGGGUGGGUGGGUAGGCCAAGCACACUAUUUCCCCAAAUGCCCCGCCCAUGUCAACCAAACCCAUAAGGACUCCUCCUGGAGCUAAAGACAACCACCUCCUUCCCCGAUCUGUUUGGCACCCUGAGGGAUGUCGCCACAGGCCCUAUGAGACUUUCCAUAACCCAAUGCCCCACUUAACUUGGGACCAGGUCAGACCCAUCUUCUGCUUGUCAGCCUGGCUAGUUCCAGGAAAGCUGGCUUACGUAUGUAGGGAACUUUCUAGGGGAUUUUGCCUCUUGGUGCCUUUGCAACAGGUAUGUCUCCAUCUUGUGGGAAAGACUCCAUCCCUUAGGAGCUCCUGCUCUAGCACAGCAGUCAGGGGCUCAGCUCUGACCCCACCCCUGGGAAUGCUGGUCUUUUCUACUUCCAGAUAUGAGGCUCCCUCCCUGUGGUAUUAAGCCUAUCAUUAGGCCAGUGCUGAAGAGAGCUGUGGGGUGAGGAGGAAGCCUCUGCAGGAAGACUUACAGAGGGGAAAGGUGGUGUUUUAUUUAAAAACAGAACCAGGCUGGUGCAUGCCUUGUAAUCUCUGCACUUGGGAGGUUGAACCAGAGUUCUAGGCCAGCCUAGGCUGUGAUCAUGUCUCAAAACAACAGCAACAAAAACCAAGGGCUGGGGAUGUAGUUCAGUGGAAGUGCACUUACCAGGCUUGUGUAGGGCUCUGGGUUCCACUACUAACAUAAACCCCAAAACUUUGACUCUGAUGGCCUUGUAAGGUUAAGAGUUGGAGAAAUAUACCUUUGAUGGGGAAGCAAGGUUUCUUUAAGACAUCUCUGACAAAUGCCUAAGCAGCCCCCCGCCCCCUUCAGUGCUGGGGGGAACCCAGGGCCUUGGAAAUGCCAGCAGGUACUGUACUGCCUGCCAGGUUUGUUUGUUUUUUGAGACAGGGUCUUGCUGUAUUGCUGCAUAGCCUAGGCUAGCUUCAAACUCUUAAUACCUUCAUGCCUUGGCUUAUUAAAUGGCUCAAACUCUCCCUCACAGCCCUCUGUUUGCCCCGCUUGUAGAACUGUAGAUUUGUAGGUGUUUCAAACGAACUGCUCCUUAGACUUGUUUUUGGUGGUUGGCUUUGGCUUUAGUUGUGAUUUAAAAAUAGAAGUAGUUGGGUAAUAGGUUUUUGAAAUCAAGUUGAGAUCUCUUGUCAGAACAGGGGUACCAAUGCUGCAGGGGUGACGUAGGGUUCCAGUGGUCCAGACCAGAGGUUUCUUUUAUGUGGAGAACACUGUUGACCUCGAUGUGUCUUAAUUUUGCAUGAGUGUGUGUGUUCACCUUAAGUGGACAAAGACUGGAGCUUUGAUUAUCAGGAACACAGCUCAGAGGGUAAAGUGUAUGGAGGAUUUGAGUUCAAUCCCCAGAGAAAGCCAGAUGUGGUGUGCAUACUUAGGUAGUCCAGAACUGGGGAGGCUAGGCCAGGCAGACACCUGGGGUUUGCAGGCUAGCCAGCCUAGCCUAUUUGGUGAGUUGGAGGUCAGUGAGAGACACCAUUAUUUAAGAGGGGCUAGCACCGAGGAUCGAAAACAGGUUGUCCUCAUGCAUUUGCACAAACAGAAAGAAGUGGCUAAGUGUGUGAUGGUCUUGUGCAGCUGGCUCACCUCCAUCACCCAGUUUGACAAUUUUGUUAUUGGGCUACUCGCAGAUGUUUUUGCUACUAGGUCAAAGGUGGCUUUUACCCCUCCAGGCUUGGCUGACUGCCCAUAGCCUCUCUUGGGGCCAAGGAACAGACUUCUAAAGCCACUUUGCUAGGACCCAGGAAGGCUCCCCGAGAUUGACACCCUUCUCUGUCACCCCACUGUCCCUAGCUAUCGGUACAGCUUUGCUUUCACUCGGUAUGGUUGACCUGCUAGUGGGCCCUGCCCACUGCUGAGCUGGCAGCCCAGUCCUGCUGGCAGGAUGGCCUCUGGAUUCCUUUGCCCCACAGGAUCCUUUGUAAAGGGCCUUUCCUGUGUGGCCACAUCACUUCAGCCUCUAGACUAUUCUGGAACUGCAGGUUAUUGGUGUUAUUGGAAAAGAUCUGCCUCUCUCCCCUCUCUUCAGAUGUGGAGUUUCAAUUUAUAGAUCAGGAGGGACCCAGUGCUAGUGACCCUGCAGGGUAGAACAGAUUCCCAAAUCUAGACUUUUGGCCCCAUCAACCAACUCUUUCACAAUAAAGUUUGUUUUGUGCAACAA